AUGUUCCCAUUACACGACCAAGUUAGAGUAUAUACGCUGCUGGAAGAAUCAGGCGGCUACAUACCUCCGAAAUCAUCAGCCUCGACGGAUAUAACUCUUCUGGUAGCAACACUUCUUAAAAUAAAUGGCGCACCUCUUUUUGAUUUCUACGUCGAUGUCGACUUGUAUGAUCACACGAGAGUAUCAGUUUUUCUGGACCUGCCCUCCAGACAUUUAGCAGACACAUUUUUUUCCAAUAAAUAUAAAGACGGACCGAGAUGGCACGCAGAGGCAAGCAUGAAAAGAGUAAUCCGCAAAAAAAGAUCUAAUCCUGCAGAGAGUCAAGCGUAUACCGUCAUCAAGAACGCGAGGGAUGAAUACAGAUGCCACAAAAUUGAAAAAAUAUUGCACCAAUACUUACCAAUGAAUAUGGAGAAGCGUGAGCGAUCAUAUGAAACUUAUUUGUUGUUACAAUUCUGUUUAUCACUUAGCAAGAUUUAUCCUCGGCAAAAAGACUUGUAUAAUUGGGUUGACGUUGAUCAAAGAGUGUACGUGCCGUACAAUCUGACGUACCUUCAGGAUAACUUCAAUUAUAUAAGGUGGAAGACGCUGUUGAACAUUACGAUGGAUAAUGACACUUUGAACAAUUUGUACAAACAUGGAACUACUGACGAUCAGUUUGUGUAUGUUUACAUCACUGCACCUCGAGUUGUUCACAAUGGUUUGCUACUUUUGUAUGCAGUGGAUACUCUUCACGACAUCGUAAACGUAACUGCCAGUAACAAUUGGAAUGAAUCUUGCAGCAAAUUGACAAGAAAUUUAUUUUCCGAAAUGGUUGGAGCCUUAUAUGUACAACAAUAUAAACCUCAAUAUUUACAACUACUAGCCGGUCGAGUCAAUAAUUUAUUCGAGCGAGUUAAGGAAACAUUAGCAGAAAGGAUAUUAGUAAAAUCUUGGCUUGAUGACGAUACCAGGGCACAAUCUUUACUGAAGCUAACUGAGCUACGAGGCAAGUUUCACGUUUGGCCUGGUUUUCAUAAUAAGUCUUUACUGGCGCAUGAAAUGGCUAAGGUUGUUAUCGAGCCGGAUUUUUUUACUACCGUAAUUAAACGAUUCCGACAAUUACGUAACCUGAAGGACCAAGUUCUGAGAGGAACACUAAAUGAUAGAUGGCGAAAUCCUUAUGCUGUUAAUGCAUACUAUGAAUCUUCAACAAAUUCAAUAGUGAUACCACUUGCCAUGAUGACUGCCUGGUCGUGGUCAUGGGAAGGAGGACCAGCUUAUUCUGCUCACGCAACUCUAGGUUCCGUAAUCGCUCAUGAAAUUCUUCAUGUAUUCGAUCUUCACCAUCGCUUGCCUUUAGAUCCCGAGAUAAACUUAAAAAAUUGGGUUUGGAUAACUCCCAAAUCUUGGAGUCAACUUGAAAGUAAAAUAGAAUGUGUAGCGAGGCUUUACGCUAAAAGGUUUUGGAGAAAAGUUCAAUUUUACGGCAAUGAAGUAGAUGUACAGUUUGACUGGAAUGUUACGAGAAACGAAAACGUUGCUGAUAUUGGUGCUCUCCAGAUUUCUUAUCAAACCUGGUAUACAUUAACAAAUGGACGAGAUCGAGCUUUGCCAAUUUUAGACGCUCUCCGCCCAAGUCAAAUGUUUUUUAUUAGCGCAGCCCAGACUUACUGUACUAACAUGACUGCCGAGGCCUAUAUCCUUUCCGUCGAGCUUGAUUAUCACACUCCGUCUCCAGAGAGAGUAAACGUUGUUAUGAUGAAUUCGCCAGGCUUUGCCGAAGCUUUUCGUUGUCCACUUGGUUCACGAAUGAAUCCGCCUAACAAAUGCAGCACAUGGUGA